AGAAUCACACUCUGAAGAGGGUGCAUUGGCCAUUUUGCCUUUAUAUAUAUAUCUCCGACGAAAGUGAAAUCUCAGUGCAACCGGAGACGUCGCCGGCGACAAUGGAGCUGUUCUACAUCCUGAUGUUCGGCGGCCUCGCCGCCGUGGUGGGAGUUCUCGAGCUCAGCAAGAACAACAAGGAUCGAAUCAACACCUCUCCUGCUUUCAAUGCCUUCAAGCACAAUUACCUCUUUGUUUACUCUCUCAUGAUGGCUGGAGAUUGGCUGCAGGGCCCUUAUGUAUACUAUCUUUACAGCACCUAUGGCUUUGGAAAGGGAGAGAUUGGACAGCUUUUUAUUGCUGGUUUUGGAUCCUCCAUGUUGUUUGGGACUAUUGUCGGAUCUCUAGCUGACAAACAGGGUCGGAAGAGAGCAUGUGUUACUUACUGCAUAACUUACAUACUCAGCUGCAUCACCAAGCAUUCUCCUCAGUACAAAGUGUUGAUGAUAGGCCGUGUAUUGGGAGGCAUUGCCACUUCUCUGCUAUUUUCAGCUUUCGAAUCCUGGCUUGUUGCUGAACACAACAAGAGGGGCUUUGACCAACAGUGGUUAUCACUAACAUUUUCGAAGGCAAUAUUUCUUGGGAAUGGUCUUGUUGCCAUUUUGUCUGGCUUGUUUGGUAAUCUACUUGUGGAUACCCUUUCUCUUGGACCUGUUGCCCCUUUUGAUGCCGCUUCAUGCUUUCUUGCUUUUGGGAUGGCCGUUAUCUUAUCAUCAUGGACUGAAAAUUAUGGAGAUCCUUCAGAAAGCAAGGACCUUCUUACUCAAUUCAGGGGUGCUGCUGUAGCUAUAGCAUCUGAUGAAAAAAUUGCUUUGCUGGGUGCUAUCCAGUCUCUUUUUGAGGGUUCAAUGUAUACCUUCGUGUUCCUCUGGACUCCUGCUUUGAGUCCUAAUGAUGAAGAGAUUCCUCAUGGUUUUAUUUUUGCUACAUUCAUGUUGGCUUCAAUGUUGGGAAGUUCACUAGCAUCUCGGUUGAUGGCCCGUUCAUCACCCAGGGUAGAGAGCUACAUGCAGAUUGUAUUCAUGGUCUCUGCUGCCUCUCUCCUCCUGCCAAUCAUAACCACUUUCUUCGUAGCACCUUCUAAAGUUAGAGGUGGAAGCAUCUCCUUUGCAGGUUGCAUCCAGCUUCUUGGGUUCUGCACCUUCGAGGCUUGUGUAGGAAUAUUCUGGCCAUCCAUUAUGAAGAUGAGGUCCCAGUAUAUUCCUGAGGAGGCUAGAAGCACCAUUAUGAACUUCUUCCGCAUUCCUCUCAAUCUCUUUGUGUGUGUCGUGCUGUACAAUGUCAAUGCUUUCCCAAUCACUGUCAUGUUUGGCAUGUGCUCAAUUUUCCUCUUUGUGGCAUCUAUUUUGCAAAGGCGGCUAAUGGUGAUCUCAGACAAACCAAAGGCUGAAUCUUGGACAGGAAUGAAGGAAAGGGACACUGAGGCAGAACCUCUAAACGAUUGAAUGAUGUUGAACUGACUGAUCACCAAUGAUGUCUUAACCGGUUGAAAUCAAAAACUUGAUUCAUUCCACAUACUUGGAGCAGUUCCUGUUCAUUCAUGGUUAUAUUUGAUUCUAUAGUAGGGUUACAGUGUAUAAGAAACUAGUGGUCUGCCCAGCAACAAGGGAUUGUGGGAUAAAGGUCACUUUAUUUAUGAGUUCUUUUUGGCUAUCAUUAAAUUCAACACCUUCCAUCUUGUAGGAAAUUAGAUAUCUGCAUUUGUAGUCCUCAUCUUUUAUUCUUUACUGAAAUUGUCCUAUAAUUUGUAGUACAUUUUUGUUCAUCAUAUAAAGUGCCAGUAUGCAUGAUUUAAUUAUUUCAUUUUAGUAGAUUUACCUGUUAUUGAAUUAUCUGAAAAGGCUGUGAUGGAGCUAUACCUGCAGCAGCCUAUUUAGUUUGAAGGGAGUGGGGAAAGGAUGGGAACUUAUUAUAACCAAUCAAAUUAUUCUGUUGGUCUAAUGAUUUAAUUUGAUUAGUUGAAAUAAGGUCACCUUCCUUGCCCAUCCCUUCUCUAUCCCUCAUUUUUCUCAAACCAAACAAGCUAUUACUAUUAGGGUAGGGUAUGCACCAUCCAGGCCAUUUAAAAAUAAGGUAAAUUGUACUUU